UCGUCACUGUCCUCUGACGUCACCGGCUAGCGGGGCCCAGAGCGACAAGCCAAAUAAAGAGGAAGAAGUGGUUCUGGGAAUUAAAGAAGGAGACGAACCCUGUACCCGCAGACGGUGAGACCGGGGGUCCAAACGAAGAGAGGAGGAUGGGGUGCGGCGGCUUCACCUGCUACAAGAACGCGCUGUGUGCGCUGAACGUGGUGUACAUGCUGGUGGGCCUACUGCUGAUUGGCGUGGCAGCAUGGGGGAAAGGUUUCGGAAUAGUCUCAAGCAUUCACAUAAUUGGUGGAGUCAUCGCUAUUGGAGUUUUUCUUUUGAUAAUAGCAAUCAUUGGCUUAAUCGGAGCCAUUAGUCACCAUCAAGUGAUGCUCUUUAUUUAUAUGGUGGUUUUGAUUCUGGUCUUUAUAUUCCAACUGGUGGUGUCUUGCUCGUGUUUAGCAAUUAAUACAACACAAGUGGUACAGUUCUUCAAUGCAACAUGGUCCCGAAUGGGCAAUGAUACGCGAAUGGAUUUGGAGAACUCUUUAAACUGCUGCGGACUGCUGAACACAACAGAGAGCAGGAUGCAAUUUAAUACGGAUUACUCUAUGUGCAAAGCGGAAUGCAUAAAGCAACACAAAUGUGUGACCUGUGGUGAUAAAAUGCUGAAGCAUGCAGACGAAGCUCUUAAAAUCCUUGGGGGAGUUGGACUCUUUUUCAGUUUCACAGAGAUUCUUGGCGUAUGGCUUGCAUUUCGCUACAGAAACCAAAAAGAUCCACGUGCAAACCCCAGUGCGUUUCUAUAGGGGAAAGGGAACCUCUUCUCACAAUCCUUCAAUCAUAUAUUUUUUAUUUUAUAGUGUCUCCCAUCUCUUAGCUGCUGACUUCAUAUCCUGUGGAUUGUGUGCUAUACUUGGCAUGGGGAAAGGGACAUGUUCCGUACCUCCAGAUCUGAGGCUGACUGAAAACCUCCUAAAAUAGGGCUUCUUUGAGGAAUGCAAUCAGAACAUGUUUAGGAUCCUAUAAUGUAAAUUGAUUAAAUAGGUUUUAGACUUCUGUCAGUGCACUGGACAUUCCAUGAUACUUGAAAGUGUGACUAUUGCUUUAAGAUGCAAGGAAUGUGGCCCAAUGCAUUUCCUUUUCUACAAGGGUUUUUUGUUUUACUAAAGCAUGAUUGAAAAAUAUGAUUACUUCUUAAUUGCCAUGCAUUUUAAAGAGCGGAUUGGAUGAUGGCUCUGUUAAACUGUACAUAUAUAUAUAUAAAAAUACAUGCCAGUCA